AUGUCUCGCUUCGGAGGCCUCAUUGUCUUCUGGGGGCUGCUGGCGCACACCGUGGUCCGGCUGGAAGGCCUACCCUUGCCCCUGGAACAGGCCCUGUCCUUGCCGGUGAGCCCAGCCCUGCCCACAGAUCCCACCAAUCUUGCUGGAAGCUUGACCGAUGCGCUCAGCAGCGGCCUGCUCACUGGGGAUCUAGGCAGCACUCUGGAAAACCUUCCUCUCCUGGACGUCCUGAAGACUGGAGGCGCUUCCGGCGGCCUGCUUGGGAACCUCCUGGGGACAGUGACUUCACUGAUUCCCGGGCUGAACAACAUCAUUGAUAUCAAGAUCACGAACCCCCAGCUGCUGGAACUCGGCCUUGUUCAGAGCCCCGCUGGCCACCGCCUCUACGUCACCAUCCCCCUGGGCCUGAUCCUCAGAGUGAACACGCCCCUGGUCGGGAAUCUGCUGAAGCUGGCUGUGCAGCUCAACAUCACGGCCGAGCUCAUAGUCGCCAAGGACAGCCAAGGCAAGACCCACCUGGUCGUUGGUGACUGCACCCACCCCCCUGGCAGCCUGGAGAUCUCCCUCCUAAAUGGAAUGGCUCCUCUGCCCCUUCAAAGCUUCUUGAACAACCUGACGGGGCUCCUGACUAAAGUCCUCCCUGGGCUGAUUCAGGGCCAGGUGUGCCCGCUGGUGAACGGGGUCCUGAGCCACUUGGACGUCAGCCUAGUACAUGACAUUGCCCACAUGCUGAUCAACAAACUAGAAUUUGUCAUUCGAGUCUAA